AUGCUGCAGGAUGUGAUGAAAGUGCCUCCGCCCCCAGAACCAGGCUACAACAUGCGAGUCUUCAUAGGCCCGAUCUCAAGCGAGCUUUCGGAGGUUGCAGCCAAUGUGACAUCUACCCAUCUUGUUCCGAUCCUGCUUCCUUUCAGCUCACUGCCAGAUCGACAACUUGUGCAAACCCAGCCGUGGAUCAGCUCCUUAGAAGUGCUGCCGGAGCUUCUGAUGGCGCGACCCAUUCGAACGUUCCAUGCUCGAGGAGCCAAGACAGUGGCGCUGUGGGUAGCAGCUGACCCUUAUUUACUGGCAAUGUGCCAGGGAGCCGCCGAUGAAGCCACCCACUUGGGCAUGAGCGUGGUGUAUCAUCACAGCCCGGGCGGAAAUAUCAACGUGCUGGAAGAAAUGAGGCUGAUGGCUGCACAAGGUCCGGAUGUGUUCGUAGUUUGCUCUGAAUACAAGGAAGGCGUUGAGAUCAUGAUGGCCAUCGACUUCUUGCACUUCACUCCGCAGGCAAUCCUCAUGUGGGACUCGGCGCGCCCCGAAUUCUCAGAUGCUUUGCUCGUCGCCAGCGCUUUGAGCAUUGCAACCCCAGAAGUUUGGAGUUCGAGGAUCGAGCCCUGCAACCUUCACCCCUGUGACAACGCCGUGACGCGGGCGGACUUUGCCAGCGCAUACGAGAGUAGGCACACCACCGAGCCCUCUCUUUAUGCUGCUCAAGCUGCAGCAGCCGGAAUGGCCUUGACGGUCAAGAUGCAGGACCAGAUCCACGAGAACUUCCGCAACGCUCCUCCUCCCUUGAGUCAGGCAAACGCCGCGAUUGUGGAUGGCCUGAUGGAUUGUGCUUCCAAGGAAUCCUUCUACCAAAACUUGUGCGUCGACCACCGCGGCUACCUGGCGUCCCCGAUAAUGGGCAUCUCCCAACUCGUUGCCGUGAAUGUCAGCGACGAUGCCCGACGAUUGCAGCCUGGAGGACAGGUCCCGGGGCAGGUCCCGGGGCAGGGCCCGGGGCAGGGCCCGGUACAGCCAGAGCCACCGCAAGCCGAUCCCAUCAGCACGGAGACAUUGCUGGGCUACGCAACACUGACGCCACAGCUGCUUGAGGUGUAUGAGCUCUCCAAGGCCUCGUUGCCGUUGCCCUCAAUGGUGUAUCCCAGACCUUUGGAGGAUACGCGACAGCUGGUGCGAUACCCAUGUGAGGCCGGUUUCGAGGUCAUCACUGCAGACUUGUUCAACAUGCUGGCUAACGUAGCGGCCAAUUCCACAGGAGGGCCACAGACCCCGUGCUUUCCAUGCCUGGACGGGACCUCCCGAGAUCCUCGAAGCCUGCCGGCGCAAUUGUCCUACAGAGAGUCCGGGAGGUCCACAGUGCACCGCCUGCGAAGCAGGAAAACAAGCAACGACGCAAGGACUGCCUGCGAGGAGCUGUGUGCAGCCCCACCAACAGCACUUUGGUGGUCGACGCCCGGCAGCGUCUGGCAGCGUAUUGAGGCUCUGCAUCUCGCACCGGGCUACGGAAGCUGCCUGGAUUCUAUGAGUGAAGGUGAUGGUACCCGUGCAUCGGCCCCGUCUGUGGGGACGCCGGGCAUGCCGGCCACUCCGGACGAGAGCGAAGGCGUCCCCAGCAAAGGCUUGAGAAGAUCGGCCGUGGCCUUUGCAGCAGCUGCAACGGCCUUCCUAGUGUGGUCUUUGGCGUCCGAGAGGUGGCAUUGCUUCCAGGUCGAAGUGCCACCUUCUGAGAUCUAUGAGAUGUUCAAGGCAAUGGUGGCCAUCUUGCCACCCGGCGGCCACCCGACCAACUUCAGCCCAGCUCUGCGUCGCAAGCUCGAGCGGUCCACAGAUCCGCAUGUAGCCUUCGAGCUUCAAUCUGGCCUGUGGUCUGGUUCUGCCAAAAGCCUUUGCAAGCCAAGCGACUCCAUCUUUUCCGUCUUCGUCGACUCCAAGAUGUGCCAGGCGAAGCUUCUGCACUUUUGCGAUGACAUUCUGGACGGUUCCAAAGACGAUCCGAUCGCUCUGAGCACGUAUGAGAACUGCCGUCAUUCCGUCAGUAAGGGCGGCGUUUCUUUGAGCUUUGUCCUUGAACCGCCAGCCAAACUAGAGCAUGACAUGGACAACGAAUACACCACGCUGGACGGAUUGCAAUCAGAGCUGGGACAUGAUGAGCAGGACCAGGAUCCCGACAUUUGUGACACACUUGCUGACUGCGAUGUGCUCGUUGCCAUGAGGCCCUUGAACUUGCUGCUGAUUUCGGUUAUGAUACUUGCGACGCUGUUGAUGGCGGCCGCCACUGUGUUCUUCGCGCGGGCAUUGUUUGGAAACGAGGAGGCAUUCACAAAGAGGGGCUGCAACGUCAUGUUCUUGGCUGGGCUGAGCCUCGCGGCGGUCAUUGGCCUCGACAUCUACUUAGGUGAGAAGUAUCCUUUGGAAGAUGUCUUUCGAGUAGAGGACCUGUACUACUUCAUGCUGCCCGAUGGGUCCGACUCGCAAGGCAGUGGCUACUCCAGCCUUCUGGGGACAGCGGAGGUGUGGUCUCCUUCUCCGGCUCCGCUGCCACAGCUGUCCAAGCGAUCCCAGAAGCAUUGGGGAGUUCUGGAACCCGAACCAGGUCCUCUCCAGCCGCGCCUGCACCCGGAGUCUUCGAUGUUGGAUCUGGAGGAUGUCUUAGACCAGGUCUACAACAGUUCCCGAACCAACGAGCUCCAGCUGGCCGUCAUGAAGCCCCUUAUGCAGAUUCCACCCACCAAGUGGAAGGGAGCCCUCGCCGUCCUGGGCGCCAACCUCAUGGCAGCCUUGGCCACGAAGAACAUGGGAGCAUUCCUUGACCCGCUAAAAGAUGCUGCCAAGAGGGCAUGGGGCAAAUCAGACGUCAUCAUCAACAGCUGGUUGCAGUAUCUUCAGCAAUCCAUCAUUGACGCGCCCGGCAAAGGCGGCGAUCAGUUCGAUUCAAUGCUUAAUGACUUCCAAAACAUGAAGUCCGCGAAUGAUGUGUGCGACACAUUUGGAUUGAAUGCCUGCAACAGCCUUUCAGAGCUGGAGGAUGUGAAGGCUGAAGCUACCACUCUGUUUUCAAGCUUGCGAAGCGUGUUUCAGGAGAAGUUGGCUCAAGCCAAGAAGCUGAUUGCACAGUGCAUGAAGGUUCUCUCCAAGAUGAAGGCUUUCUGGAAAGAAGUUCAGGAACCGGUGAAACGAAUCAUGGCCUUGGUUGUGGAGGCAGCGAAGGACACUGGCUCAGGGCUUCUGAAUUCGGUUGUGAACGCUUUGGGAAAGCCGGAACUGCUCGACGACAUACGCUUGCUCUUUCAGAAGCUCUUCACGUCCUUCCCGCACGUUGUUCUCGCAGUGCGCCAGCUAGCGGACCACUUUGUUUCCUUUGUUCAAGGCUUGAAGCCAGUGAUCUUGCAGUUGAAGGACGCAGCCAUUCAAGUCAAGAAGCUUCUGACACGAGGUCUCGACAAAGCGCAAGUCAUCUUGGCAGAAGAAGCAGACAACAAGGAGGCCCAAAUCAAGUUCAAAAUCAGCAAAGAGAUUGACGCCAAGGUGAACGAGGCUGCUGGUAUCUGGGGCAUCGUGGAAGAGAUCAAAGCAGACAGCGCCACACAGAACGGGGCAGGGAGCGCUUCGAACAGCUCCUCUCUGCUGGAGCAAGCGGCCUCCAUUUCAGGGGACGUGAUGGGCCUGAUCUCCAACUUUGCUUCUGCGGGCAAGCUGUGCAGCCCUGCGGCACGUGUGGGCACUAUCUUCCUUUCAGAGAUCCAGCACAUGCACGCAACUGCCAGGGGAUUCGAGACCAAGCGGGGCGGAGUGUUCCAACAUUUUGGUUAUAUCACAUUUUGCCUGAUUCUGCUUCUCGGGCUUGUGGUAGUUAGCUUCGCGAUGUUCCACGUCGGCUUUCUCAAAUAG